UAACACUCUCGAAUGUUGGAACCAUGGGAAGCACCUCUACAAGUACUAGUUACUACUCAAAUAUCAUAAAUCUCUAGAUAAAUAUCUUCUCAAAUUUAUAUAUAUAUUAAAUAGAAAAACAUAGAAACAUUUCAAUUCCUUUUCUAAAUUACUAGUGUUAGAUUAUAAUUUUGGGCCUUUUGUUUUAGAAAAUAAAAUGGGUGAUGAGUGUGAUGUUGGGCUGGGUUUGAAGAUGAGUUUUAUGUCAAAUUCUGAAAGAUAUGGUGUUUAUGGUAAUGCUACUAAUCAAAUGGCUUCUGGGUUUGGUCCUAAAUCCACUACAGAUAGAGUUAUGGGUAUUUCUGGGAAAGUUCUUUUUACUGCAAAUCAGUGGCAAGAACUUGAGAGACAGACAAUGAUUUACAAGUACAUAAGGGCUUCCAUGCCUAUUCCUCCUCAACUCCUCUUACCUUUAUCCACUCAAUCCAACAGGGUGAGUACUGGUUUGAGAUUCUCAAACGGGUCGGAUCCGGAGCCAUGGAGGUGUAGGAGAACUGAUGGGAAGAAAUGGAGGUGUGCAAAAGAAGUGGCACCUGAUCAGAGGUAUUGUGAACGCCAUGCCCACAAGACGAGAUCUCGUUCAAGAAAGCCUGUGGAAACUCAAGCCCACAACACCAAAGAUAAUCCCAACACUGUGCUCUCUGCUGCAAACCAACAAACCAAGGGCAAUGAAUGGUUCGUAAAGAAUGGUGCUAUCCCUGUGUCUCAAAUGAACACUCAAUUUCACCAAUCAAUGCAAUCACCAAGUGGAGUAUUGAAAAGGGACCAGAUUUUUAAACAAGCGUUUAUUGAAAAUCAGCGGCAGAAACCUUAUUUGGAUGCUAUUGCCAGUGAUGCAGCUGCAGGUGAAAGGAAGCAAGACUUCAUUGAUGCUUGGUCAAGUAUUGGAAGUGCAGAUGAUUGUUCUCUUACUUUGUCGAUGCAAUCUGGCAGGAAUGCAACCGCGUUUGAUCAUGAGAGUUUUGAAAUGGCUGUUGGAAUGUUAAAUGAUGACAGAGAAGGGUGUGGUGAUGGUUACAAGCCGGCCCACCAGUGGCUGAACCAAAAUUCUUGGACAGUGUCGACCCCAGGUGGACCAUUAGGUGAAGCAUUGUGUUUGGGAAUUUCUGGGACUGGGGGUACAUCUCAAGAUGAGCCAUCACCUCAUGGCUAUAGCAAUGGCUCAUGUGAAGAUAGUAGUGAUCAGGGGCUUGGUUUCAUUAGGUGAAACCGCCAUGAUUUAGCUUUAAUGGGACAGUUUAAAUGAUUAUGGAGUUCGUUAAUGAUAAUGUUGGGAGUCCAAUUUUACCUGUUUUUUAGUGUAAAAACUCGCUUUAAUCUUUUUCUUCUUUUUCA